AUGGUAACUAAAGACAGCAGAAAGAUGUCCACCGCAACAGAUGAACAGAGAAAUUUGAUCGAACAGUUGAUGGGCAAAGAAUCCAACCGCCUUUUUAAACGCGACUUAGGACUGUAUGAUCCCAAAGUAUGCAAAUGUUAUCUCGUAGGCGAAUGUCCUUACGAACUUUUCCAAGGAACAAAACAAAACUUUGGAAAAUGCCCUCAAAUACAUUUAGCAAAGUACAAGUUGGAAUUCCAACGAAAUGUCAAGAAAGGCCUUACAUACCCUGAUUUUGAACGAGAAUACUACGCUGUACUUAACAAGUUUAUUAAAGACUGUAAUGGUCAGAUUCAAACAGCCCUCAAAAAGCUAGAACAUACGCCAGAAGAACGGGCCAGAAUUAAGCUAGUAACUAAAGAAUUAGAUGUCGUGGAUUCAAAAAUAGCUUUAAUGAUUCAAGAAAUUGAUGUAUUGACCAGAUCCGAUGAAGUUGUCAAAGCUAUGGUCCAAUCACUAAAACUCCAAACGCUCAGAAAAAAUCGCCAAGAAUUAGCACGAAAGGUCCGUGAUAUCACAGAAAACGUUGGUCAAAGUGCUCAGCAAAAGCUUCAAGUCUGUAAGGUAUGUGGUGCAUAUCUUUCUCGCUUGGACACUGAUAGGAGAUUAGCAGACCAUUUUCUAGGUAAAAUACACCUUGGGUAUGUGAAAAUGAGGCAAGCAAUGGAGGAGCUAAAACGGAAUUUUCAACGGAGAGGAGAUGACAUAGUUCAACUUAAUUCCAAUACACCAUUGCUCAAAAAUGUUCGUGGUGAAAAUUCGCUAUCUGCUACCAGUGCUAAUAUUCAUUAUUCUGGUCGCUCUAUUUCUCAUAGCUACCCGCGCUCAGGUGCAAAUAGUGAUAGGUAUAAGUCACGCGGGUAUCGCCCAUACUGA